AUGAGUGAUAGACGAAGAAUACUAGGCCCGUCAAAUACAAUAAUACCGAAUGUACCACAAAAUACAGAAUCAUCAUCAUCACAACCAAAUAAUUCCAAUGAACUUCCUAAAUUUUUUUUGAAAAAUUCAUUAAUUAAAAAUUCAAAUGGUUCAUCAUAUCUUGAAAUAGGUUCAACAAUAAUAGAAGUAUCAAUAUUUGGUCCAAGACCAAUAAGAGGUUCAUUUUUAGAUAAAGCAUCAAUAAGUAUAGAAACUAAAUUUUUAAAUAAUGUACCACAACCAUUAUCUGAAAUUUUUAAUUUCUCUGGUGGUGGUGGUAUAAAUGAAAAACCAACUAUUGGAAUGAGUAUUAUUGAACAUAAAAUAAGUUCAUUUAUUGAAAAUUGUAUAUUGUCUACAAUAUUAUUGAAAAAUUAUCCAAAAUCAACUAUUGAUUUUCAAAUAAGUAUUAUAUCAAUUGAUUCUAAUGUUAAAGGUAUUUCUGGAUUAUUAUGGUUAAUUAAUUGGAUUUUAAUAUGUACAAGUUUAGCUAUAAUAGAUACUGGGAUAGAAAUUAAAGAUAUUAUUUCAAGUUCAAUUAUAAAAUUGAAUUCAAAAGGUGAGGUUCUAAAAGGAGAAAAUAUAUUGAGUGAUAACAAUGAUGGAAUAUUAGCAUUAAUUAGUUUUUUAAAUUUAAAAAAUAAUGAAAUUAUUGGAUGUUGGUUUGAAAAUAAUAAUUUAGAUAUAAAUGAAAAAAAUAUGGAAUUACUAAUUGAUGAAUGUUGUAAAAAUUCUAAAAUUAUAAGAUCAAAUUUAAAUUCAUAUUUAAUAAAUAGUUAUGAUAAUGAAUAA